UCUCCCUUUCAUCUCUCUCUCUCUUUUUCCAUCUUAUUACUCCUAACUUGUACAUGCCCGUAAUAAUAGCCAUAGAGACACUUGCUAUUUUUACAUUUAUUUUUUUUUUCUCCCUCAUAGGUCUUUUAAUUCUAUUGUUUUGUUGUAUUUGCUGUGUAUUAGCAAACGAUCUUUUGACGCUGACCAGUCCUGCGCCUAAUCAGUCUCUAGCCCCAGGUCAUGUUUUAUCAUUCAAUUACACAAUGAAUGCCAUGACAACAGAGAACACACCCAAUAACCCGAAUUCCCUUGAUAUCAUAUUCCAGUGGGUAUCCAAAAAUAAUAUGCAGCACAUGAUUCAAUUGACAGCAGCCAGAAAUCUAGCGACUGAUUGUAGUGGCAUUAAAAAUAGAGAUCAUCUUCACUCGUGGAAACUGCCCAAUUGCCGUUUCUUUAAACGAUAUCCACCCGAUCAAUGGACAUAUUCACUCAUUUUUCAACCCAACUAUCUGCCCGCCAGCAAGAUGAUGGUUCCUAUGGGACCGCAGCAAGCCUCAGUUACAGUACCUAUUACUAUAUUUAUGAACACAAGUAGUACCAUCACAACAAAGAGACACCGUAGCCAGGAAUGUUGAAUAAUAGCGCUAUAAUACCUGUUGUUUAUAUCAUCGUUCAAUUUUGGUAAUUUUUUUUGAGGCAUUUUAUGUAUUGGAGAACAAGUAGACAAAGAAAUGGGAGAAUGUGCUAUUUUUUUAUGUACGUUUAAAGGAAAAAUAUACCUUAAUUUGGGAA